AUGCCUCCUGGUUUCCCAAUCCCAAGAGAUCUAUCUUCAUGGGGAUCAGGAGUGUUGCAUCACGAGGGGCACCAGUUGCGGAUCCAUCAGGACUCCAUUGACAUUGAGAUCGAUGUUCUUCGAGAUGACGAUUAUCCGGCAAUAACACUGCGUUGCGGGCCAAACCUCUUGACUAUUGACAAAUUGUUUACUAUACUAGGAGGCAUCAUUGGACUUCCUGAGACUGCAGAUAUCCGUGCGAAUAUACCUGGCGAUUUCUUCUCCGACAUCGCCUUUCGACGGGCCGUGUUGCCAUACGACGGGAAUGCGACGUCCUUCACGCCCAAGAGCCUGGCGCUGGAUUUCGAGGCCAGCUUUCAUGCUAAAGGCGACAACGACUCCCUUGUGUCCGCAAACAUAUGUAUAGCAUACCAGCCUGGACCUCCAAGUCAGUUGCACUUUCGUGCUAGUCUGUGGACGCCGAACCUCAGCCCUCUCGUGGAAGGGCUGCCGUAUCAGCUUCUUCCUGCCUAUGAGCUUUGCGAUGACUAUGGACCGCAACCCAAGGCUGCUUCGUCGAUCUCCCUCCCCAAGCUCAUACCAGGGUUCGAAGUAGCACAACCUCCAGCUGGCAUCCCAACAGAUGUGACCGCCCUUGGGUUCGCAUAUGAAGACAAGACUGUUUCUAUCUGGGGAACGCUGGAGAACUGUACUCUUCCAGGUGAUUGGCUACCUACCAUCUCACUGGGCCAAGUGUCAAUCAACGGCACGUGUGGUCCUCGAGGUAAGACUCUGAGUCUGCAACUAGCGGUUCAGAUCUCUCCCCCGGACAAUCUCAUAGACUUGGACUCCACACUAGGACCGAGUCUUCUGACAGGGAUCUUCUCUUACGAUUCUGCCAAUGGCUGGGAUAUAGAAGCCGACGUGGCGGAUCUCAGUCUCGCUCAUAUCUGGCAGUUCUUCGACUCAUCGCAGCAAACGGCUCUGGUCAAGGUAAUGGGUUCCAUCAUGGUGCGCAAUUUGUCAAUCAGGUACAAGAUGCAAAAGAGUGCCUCGGUUACCAUCGCGCAGAAAGCCACAGAGCUUCAAAUCAAGGGAGAUGUCGAGAUUGGUCUGGGAGGAGAUGGAAACCGGCCUCCUCACUUACUGUUCGAGUACGAUUACCCUUUGGACGGCCAGUGGAAGAUGAAACUCAGUUUCGAGGAGACUGUUAGCCGAGACAUCACCAUCAAAAGCCUUCUGGGUACUCUGAGUCCUGAUGAUGGGCUAUUGAAGAGCAUAAUUGAACAUGUCGGCAGUCUUAUUCUCGUAAGAAAGGGCACUUCAUCCGGACUAACCAUUCAAGUCAGUCCAGAAGCGCAAGGUAGCAAAAAGAACAUGAAUCUCCGGGCCAAAUUGCAGAUCGACCGAUUCGUUUUCACAUACUGCCAAUAUACUUCUACAGAAGAAAAUGGUGUAUUGAAGCGCUUCUUGUUGAUCUCGCUCAACCAAUUCGAGAUACCCAUGCCUAACAUACCCGUACUUAAGCAGUUUAAGAGCCCUUUCGACAUUUCGGAUCAAAUAUUCGCCAAGGCUAGUGCCUAUUUUGCCAUCACGCCAAAGACGUGCAUGGGAGGGGCUUCAAUGAUCGCAACAUGUGAUGCCUGUGGCCUUCACGCAUCGUUCUCGGCCAUGAUCGACUUUCUCAUGAACUUCGACCCUUUCCAUUAUGUCUUGGAGGUUUCGAUCGACAUCAGCGUCUCGUGGAGUGAAUAUGUACUGUUCGUCUGGGUGAGUUUCGGAUUCGAUAUUACGGCCAGCUUGUACAUGUGCGGGCCUCCAGUGUACGGUACCUUUACCAUCAAGGUCCCCAUCAAGAACGUGACUGUGACGUUCGGGGACAGUAAUGGGCAGAAUACCCCUGCCAAGGUCAGUCUUGAUACAUUCCGCGGUAUGCUUCAGCAAAAUGGACAAGGCGCAAAGGAGGAGGUGAAGAUAUCGUGCGGAUCAGGGCUAUGCUCAAAGGACGACAUAACAGGUUACUGGACUGUGAGAGCCGGGACCUUUACAUUUGACGUGCGAUCAAAUAUGGCAACCACACAGGCUUACUUGAAUGGCACAGCUGUCGGAGCUGCUAACAAAGUCUAUGCAAAACCAAUGCAAUUGACAGAGAGUAGCAAUGGACUGAAGGCAGAUCUCACGAUCACGGUCACGGGCAUGAGCAGUGAUGAUCAAUAUCGAUCAGAUGUAAUAUCCGGAAACCUUCCUGCAGCAUUGUGGUCACCAUAUGAUUCGACCAAGGAUCCCAGUGUUUCCAAUGCCGAUAGGUCCGCUCUCCUCGACGGCUCAGCAUCGACAAUCUCGUCUACAUAUGGUUUGAGCGUCCGUACACCAAGACCUCAUCUCUCCAAAGAUGAGAUAAAGCCUUUCAAAAUAAGCAACGUGAUCUUUCCCAUCAUACUCGAUACCGGAGCCACAUCUGCGCCAGUUCCAUCCUGUCCAGUUCAAGAUGAGUCAUGGGAAGGGAAGGAAGCGGCAGGAAAAACGAUUGCACAAAAGAGGGAGACCGCCCAAAGCAUUUGGAAAGAUGCAAAUACGAGGCGCGAAGGAUUUGCGACUGCCUGGGUUGAAGCCAUGGAUUGGACAAAGUUCACGGCGGUAACGCAGACUCCGGACCGAUUAAUUAAUGGGUUUGAUAAGUUGGUACGAGGAACACCGCUUGUUAGUUGCGGGUAG